CACUGGGAAGCCAGCAAGCAGCCCGGCACUUUUUUUUAUUGCCAAGCUCACCAAUCACAAAGAGGGGAACACUCAAGAACACCUCACCAAAGUCACCAUUUCCCUCUAUAUCCUAUAUGGCAUACAUUUCUUUUUCUCUCCCUAUCAUUUAUUGUACCCAUUAUUUAUUACUAGUAUUAUUUUAUUCAAUCUCCAUCUGGAUGCGUGUGUGUGACUUGUGAGAGAGACAGAUUCCACAGCAAUUUGCUCCUCUUCCACGCACAGCCCAAGGCAAGAACUGCUCCCCGGAAAAAGAUCGUAUUUUCAGCCGGUUUCUGUCCGGCAAAUCGCUGCCGGAGAUCUUAGAACCGGAAGGCUCGAAGUUUCUGCUCCGUUUGCGUCGAAUCUGCCUCGGGAAGCGGAGAAAGGAGCGGCCUUUCGAGCUCGUAGGGGCCGUCCCUCAGAAGGCUAGAGGGGACGCGGCGGCGGCGGUGGCGGCGGCGGCAGCUCUAGGGCGCUCGUGGAAGUCGGUGAUGCCGGUUUGAGGUCAAGGCGGCCCCGGUGGUUUUGAGGAAGCCGGGCGGGGAUGGACUCCAGCGGGGAGGAACUCCUGAAGAAGAUCCGGGAGCUGGAGGUUGGGCAGGCGCAGCUCAAGCAGGAGAUGUCCAAGCUAAUACCCGGCGCCGGGGAGCGGCGACGCUCGCAAUCCGUCUCGCCGCGGCGCGGCGCGCCGGUGCCGCCGCCACCACCGGCCAAGGGGAAGGCGGGGGCGCCAGGUAGGCGGCUGUCCGGGGGUUUUGAGGGCGGGCAGCGUGCGUGGGCCCGUGGGUCGGCGUCGUUCCCGCACUCAUCGCCGCUGCAGCGGGAGGGCCGCGCCGCGGGCGCUGGAGACGCUAGCACCAGCGCUAGGCUGCCGGAGAGGCAGUACUCUAGGGUGCUGCAGUCACUGGGGCAGUCCGUCCACAUUCUUGACCUCGACGGGAGGAUCAUAUACUGGAAUCAGUCUGCGGAGAAUCUGUUUGGCUAUCCUGCAUCAGAAGCCCUUGGUCAGGAUGCCCUAAUGCUUCUGGUUGAUUCCCAUGACCACAAUGCUGUAAAUGACAUCUUCCGACGUAUUUCUAUGGGUGAAAGUUGGACUGGGAAGUUUCCAGUUAAGAACAGGCAAGGAGAUAGAUUUUCAGCUCUUGCCACCAACACACCUUUCUACGAUGAGGAUGGCAGCUUGGUGGGUAUCAUUUGUGUUUCAAGUGAUUCCCGCCUCUUGGAGCAAAUAUUUUGUAAGCCUCCAACCUCUGCAAGGCCCCAGUCAGAAUCAUCUAGGACAUCUUGUGACGGGAGUUGCAGCAACACUAGUCGCAGAAUCAAUUUGUUGAACAAAAGUCCUUUUGAUCCUCAGCUACCCCUGCAAAGCACUUUAGCUUCCAAGAUAACGAAUUUGGCUACCAAGGUCACAAAUAAAGUUCGUUCUCGGGUCAGGACAGAUGAGAAUGGCAUAGAGCGGGAAGGUGGCAGUGGUGAGAGUCAUUGCUCGGAUCGUGGUGCAAAGGAAGAGCCAACAUCUAGUGGAACAAAUACACCAAGAGGGGAUGCACCACAUGGUCCCUUUGCUACAGAAGAGAACUCCCCUGGGAAAUCAAUGAACCCAAACAGCGAUGAAUCAGAAGGAAAAAUAGCUCUGCACAAGAUUUGGAGUACAAAAGCAGAGGCACUACUGAACAAGAAAGGGAUAUCAUGGCCUUGGAAAGGGCGCGAAAAUGAGGGACCUGAUGAAAGGAAUCAUGUGAUAUUGCCGUGGUUGCAUGGUGACCAAGAGAAUGGUACGAAUCAUCAGAAGGUUUCUGAUUCUAGCAUAGUUCCAGAUGCCCAAGGCGCUGAACACAACCAACCUAACAAAAAUGAGGCAUCAGGUUCCUGGUCCUCUUUCAACAAUAACAGCACAAGCAGUGCAAGCAGCACGGGAAGCACUAAUAGCAGUGCUCUCUACAAAGUUGAUCAUGAAGCGGAUUGUCUGGAUUAUGAGAUCCUGUGGGAAGACCUCGUCAUUGGAGAACAAAUAGGUCAAGGCUCUUGUGGGACAGUAUACCAUGCUUUGUGGUAUGGUUCGGAUGUGGCUGUUAAAGUUUUCUCCAAGCAAGAAUAUUCAGAAGAAGUGAUACUGACCUUUCGACAAGAGGUAUCCCUUAUGAAGAAACUACGCCAUCCUAACAUACUGCUCUUCAUGGGUGCGGUUACAUCUCCACAACGCCUUUGUAUUGUAACAGAGUAUCUCCCUCGUGGAAGCUUGUUUCGCUUACUUCAAAAGAGUGCUACCAAGUUGGAUGUGAGACGACGUGUUCACAUGGCUUUAGAUAUUGCAAGGGGCAUGAAUUAUCUUCACCAUUCCAGCCCACCUAUCAUUCAUCGAGAUUUAAAAUCAUCUAAUCUGUUGGUUGACAGGAACUGGACUGUGAAGGUGGCAGACUUUGGUCUUUCACGUCUCAAGCGUGAAACUUUCUUGACAACAAAAACGGGAAAAGGAACACCGCAAUGGAUGGCGCCGGAGGUGUUGCGCAAUGAACCUUCCGAUGAGAAGUCUGAUGUGUAUAGUUAUGGGGUUAUCCUGUGGGAACUUGUUACUCAGAAGAUACCGUGGGAAAAUCUGAACUCGAUGCAGGUCAUUGGUGCAGUAGGUUUUAUGAACCAAAGGUUGGAUAUCCCAGAUGAAGUAGAUCCUCAAUGGAAAUCAAUUAUCCUGAGCUGCUGGGAAAGCGACCCACAGCAACGGCCGUCAUUCCAAGAGCUUCUGGAGAGGCUCCGAGAGCUGCAGAGGCAUUACGCCAUCCAGCACCGGAACACAAAGAACAGCAUCGAGGAGUGACGAAUGCAAUGCAACUCCCAGAGCGCGGUGGGCUUUGCUUUGAAGCAUUUUGCGAGUGACCAAGCUGAGUGAGCGGCAUGUGUCAGAUCUCGAGAAGGGCCUGAACCUCCUGUACUGUAUGGUUUUGCUUCGCCGAAACAGCUAAGGCUGGAAGAAGUUUGUUGUACAGACGAGGGUACCUUCUGUCUUCUUUGGUUUUUCCUUUCCUCCCCAGGGCAAUUGUGACUGUAAUUUCUGGGUGCUGACAGCAAAGGUAGUAGGGUAGCGAGUGAGUAGUGACUGAGCUCCGGAUUGCUGGCGCCUUUGGGUUCUUCUGAUUCGUGGCAAUGCAAAUGCGUGGUUAACAAUAACAUCCAAUCCGGGCUUGAGUUUUCUGGCAAGGGCAUGAUGAUCUGUAGGUUGUUUGUUCUGAGUUUCUGACAACAGUGGUGUAUUGUAUACAUGUGAUCGAUUGUGAUCAUGCGUGAGUUUAAUCGAUGUACUCGUGAAAUCGACUCUUUUUUGCUUCAUUCACAUAAUCGGUCGUCAGACUUGCCGUCAGGAUUUUUUUUAA